AAUGAAACUUGUAAUGAGUACAAAGAAAAUUCGAAGUCUUCUCUGCUUUUAUUUUUCUAACAACCAGGCCCCAUUUGUUUGGUUUUCCACAUAAGCCAACAUAUUAUAUAACCACACUGGAAUCUGCAAACAAAUUAUACUCCCAAUCCCAUUUCAAUUCUAUCGUAUUCUCUGAUCCAACAAUCACUCAUGACGACCAUUCUCACUACUCAAAUGCCACUUCUUUUGCUUCUACUUUUAGCUUUAACCACAUUUCACAUGACCAUGUCAACCAAUGAUCACAGAUUGGUUCGAUUCAAUGAGAAAGAUGAAGAGACAUUGUUAAUCUUCAAAAAGGGAAUCAAUGAUAGUUAUGGUAAGAUAUCAACAUGGUCAACCGAAAUAGAUUGCUGUGCAUGGGAAGGAGUCCAUUGCGACAACAUUACUGGCAGAGUUACUGAACUUGAUCUCGGCAAUCAUGGUUUGACUGGUGAGAUCAACUUGUCUAUCCUACAACUUGAGUUUCUGAGUUACUUGGAUUUGAGCCACAAUUGGUUUGAUGUGAUAAAUAUUCCAGCCACUCAACACAACAUCACACAUGCAUCUAAGUCUAACCUUUUCUACCUUGACUUAUCCACUUACUACUAUAGUACUCUUCAGAUGGAUAAUCUUGAUUGGCUUUCUCCACUUUCUUCUUUGAAAUAUCUCAACCUUAGUUUUAUUGAUCUUCAUAAGGUAACCAAUUGGCUUCAAGCUGUUAAUACACUUCCUUCACUAUUAGAGUUACAGUUGAGUUAUUGUAAACUGAACAACUUCAUCAUCAACCCAUCUAUUCAAUAUUUGAAUUUGUCUUCACUUUUAACCCUUGAUCUUUCUUACAACAACUUUACCUCUCAGUUACCAAAUUGGUUUUUUAAUCACACCAAAGAUCUCACCUAUCUUGACCUUCAGUGGACCAAUAUACAUGGUGAGAUACCUUCAAGCUUGCUAAACCUUCAAAAUCUGAGAUACCUUGAUCUCUCUUCUAACCAACUACAAGGAUCACUUCCAGAUGGAAUAAGCCAACUACCAAAUAUUCAACACCUUUGUCUUUACAGUAACAUGUUAAGUGGUUCCAAUAUUCCUUCUACUUUAGGAAACCUCUCAUAUUUAAAUUACUUGUCUAUUGGUCAUAAUAAUUUCUCAGGUGAAAUUUCAGAAAAUACUUUUUCCAAACUCUCUAAUUUAGAUUUCCUAGAGUUGUCAAGUUCUAAUUUUGUAUUCCAAUUUAAUUUGGAUUGGGUUCCUCCUUUUCAACUCAGUUAUCUUUUAUUGAGUAAUACAAAUCAAGGUCCAAACUUUCCUUCGUGGAUAUAUACACAGAAGUCACUGCAAUCUCUCGACUUAUCGAGUUCGGGAAUUUCAUUGGUAUAUAGAAACAAUUUUUCGAGCCUUAUAGAAAGAAUAUCUUAUUAUCUUGAUUUGUCAAACAAUUUCUUGACUGGGGACAUAUCAAACCUAACACUAAAGGGAGAUCAAUUAUAUUUGUCAAACAAUAGUUUCACAGGAGGACUCCCAAACAUAUCACCGAAUGCCUUUGGAGUUGAUUUUUCUUACAACUCUUUUCUCUCAGGAUCAAUUCCACAUAGUUGGAAGAACUCGAAAGAUUUAAUAUCCAUUAACUUGUGGAACAAUAAGCUAUCUGGUAAAGUUCUGGAGCACGUCUCUGAUUGGACACAAUUGUGGUUCUUGAACUUGGGAGAAAAUGAAUUUUCAGGAACCAUACCAAUCAAGAUGUCACAAAACUUACAUGUAUUAAUAUUGAGAGCUAACCAAUUUGAAGGGACUAUUCCAACACAGUUAUUCAAUCAACCUUCUUUGUUUUAUUUAGACCUUGCACAUAACAAACUUUCAGGAUCUAUGCCAGAGUGCAUCUACAACUUUCAGGAUCUAUCAGACUCAAUUGUUGGUUCAAUUGAGUUGUUUACAAAAGGUCAAGAAUAUCAUAUGGAAUAUGCUGACAGUAUUAGGAAAACUAUUGACCUAUCGGCAAAUAACUUGUCUGGAGAAGUGCCAUUGGAAUUAUUUCAGCUUGUUCAACUUCAAACGUUAAACUUAUCUCACAACAAUUUCAUUGGAACAAUACCAAAGACAAUUGGAGGCAUGAAAAAUAUAGAAUCUCUCGAUCUUUCCAAUAAUAAGCUUUCUGGUGAAAUUCCUCAGAGCAUGGCUCUCUUAACCUUUUUAGAGGUUUUGAAUUUAUCUUGCAACAAUUUUCAUGGAAAAAUCCCAAUAGGAACUCAACUUCAAAGUUUUAAUGCAUCAAGCUACAUUGGCAAUCCUAAACUAUGCGGAGCUCCUCUUAAUAAUUGUACCACAAAAGAAGAAAAUCACAAGUCUAGAGGGCAUGAAGAUGGUGACUCUAUAAGAGAAUCAUUGUAUCUAGGCAUGGGAGUUGGAUUUGCAGCAGGUUUCUGGGGAAUUUGUGGUUCUUUGUUUCUUAUUAGGAAAUGGAGGCAUGCAUACUUUAGGUUUGUUGAUGGAGUGGGUGACAAGCUCUAUGUAACUUUGAUGGUAAAGUUAAAUAGCUUUCGCAGAAAUUGAGCUCCUGCUAGUGAAGGUGAUUCAUCAUGUGGCUGAUUGAUCCUGCAAAUCAUGGUUAUGAUUUUUCAAAAAGAGCCAAAUUGUGAUACCACUGUUGUUGCUGAAUUUAUCUUUCACUUUUUGUAAUGUUUUUGUUCAUUUUGUCAAUUGUAAUGUUUUUGUUCAUUCAAAAACUAUUGCUCAUGUUAUGUAUCUGUCAUCUUAUUGGAUAUUGAAAAUAAUUUUUCAACAAAACUUAGCUGCCUCAAACUCUACAUUGUGUAAAAAACCAAUAUUGUCAUAUCUUAAAUAAACUGGAUUCGAAUUUGGCAGGCCGUUCCAUA